AUGUCCUUCCGACCAACACCAGCCGAUAUCCCGGUCGCAAUCACUACCCCGUCCACAUCAAACCCCCCCGAUGAACCCCGCCUGCACUCAGAACGCCGCAUAACCCCAACAUGGACCAUCGAAAUAGUCAAGUCAAAGCUCGAGACCAUGACCGGCAUCCCACCCAGCAGCCAAAGGCUUCAUCUCAAGACCCCCGGCCGCGCAGACCAAUGGCUUGAUGGCGAUCACACGACGAUUGGGGAGUGGGGAUUGAUGAGGGGAUGUGAGAUUGAGGUCCACGAUACACGCCCCCAAGCGGCACGGGUGAACAUCACCGACCUCUCCUCCGUGGAGAAAUACGUCUUGCCCACCGAGACCUACGAGAGUCUGCCGAACUCGGUCCUGGCGUGGAAGAAGAACCAGAAGCUGGGCCGGUUCGAUCCGAAUGUGUUAUCGCCGGUUGAAGCGAUAGCUGAGCAGGCGAGGAAAGAUAGCGAGGUGGUUGAUAAGCGCGAAAUUUCCGUCUCAAGCCGGGCAAUCAUCCUUCCUUCUUCACCACCCCAUAUUCGUCGCGGCACGAUCCGCUUCGUCGGCCCUGUUCCCGCAAUCCCGGUUCCCGGUGUCGACAUAGAGACCGUUGACGCCUCUGCAUUGCCCAUCUGGGUUGGGAUCGAGCUCGACGAGCCGACGGGGAAGAACGACGGGAGCGUCAAUGGAAAGCGGUACUUCACGUGCCCGAAUAAGAGCGGAGUCUUUGUGAAGCCGGAGAAGGUGCAGGUCGGAGAUUUCCCACCGCUAGGCCUAGAUGAUGAGUUAGAUGAGGAUAUGGAGGAGAUAUAG